AUGGAAUACAGCAAACCCUCCAAAGGCAUAACGCCACGGAUCAUAAUCCACGGCGGCGCAGGCAACAUAACACCAUCCAACCUCCCGCCCUCCCAGUACCGCGAAUUUCACCACUCCCUCCUCACCAUCCUCUCUCAGACGUACCAUUUCCUCCUCUCUCCCUCAUCCUUUCCCCUCUCUACCAAUCGAUCCUCAACAUCCGCCCUCGACGCCGCCACCUUCGCCGUCACCCUGCUCGAAAACAACCCACUCUUCAACUCCGGCCACGGCGCUGUCUUCACACGCGAAGGAAUCAAUGAACUCGAAGCUUCGAUUAUGGUAUCAAAAGGGAAGAAGAAGAGAGGCACGGGCGUAAUGGGUCUUACGCGGAUUAAGAACCCAAUUAAGCUUGCGAGGGAGAUGUUGUUACGGGGGGAGGAGGAUUUGUAUGGUGAGGACCCUGAGCGGAGAAGUACUGGCGCGCAGGGACACUGCCAGUUGCAUAAGUUUAGUGCGGAGAAGUUGGCGGAGGAUUGGGGACUGGAGAUGGUGGACCCGAGUUACUUCUAUACAAAAACAAGGUGGGAGCAGCAUUUGAAGGGGCUGAAGAAGGAAGUGGAGGAGGAAGGUGGUGUCGCGACGUGGGAUGAGAAGGAUUUCUUUCCACAGGGGACGUGUGGUGCUGUUGCGCUGGAUGCGGAGGGUGUAAUUUGUGCCGCUACGAGUACCGGCGGAAUGACGAAUAAGUUAACGGGGAGAAUUGGGGAUACGCCAACUCUUGGGGCGGGCUUUUGGGCGGAGGAGUGGGAGGAGGAUGUAUCCAAUAUCUCCAGGAUAGAGACAUUUCUGUCAAGACCUGGGCCGGCACUUGUGCUGAGCGAAACACUCAAAGGGUUGAUGGCUGAUUGUUUCCCGAGCUUAACAACAUACUCUCCCAUACCCAGAGACGAGGGCGAUGUUGUAUCGAGAAGAAUAGAAGACGAAGUAUUUCGCGCAACAGCCAUGUCAGGGACAGGCAACGGGGAUUCGUUCCUACGGACCAACGCCGUCCGUACGAUCUCCGCCAUAGCACGUUAUGGAUCUCCCUCAUCCUCCCUUCAGUGUGCCCUCGCUCAGAUAACCGGCCGCGAUGGUGAGCUCCAACAAAGCGCAGGCGACCGCUGGCAGCAAACUGGAGAAGGCGAAGGCGGCGUCAUCGGUAUCGAGCUCAAGCUUGUAAGGACUGCAGAUGGCGAGAUAAAGUCCGCGAUAUCGGACUGUCUCGAUGACUUCAACUGUGGAGGCAUGUUUAGAGCAGCGGUCAAUAGGCAUGGCAAGGCUGUGAUGCGUGUUUGGAGGGAGGCACAGUAUAGUGGAUUGGAGAAAUAUGAUGGAGAGGGACGGGAGUAUGAUUUGUGGGAGUGGUUGGAUGCGGAGGUGGUCUCAUGA